GCAAGGGUCGACGCAACGAUGGCGAAUCCGGUGGUUGUGUUUGAGACCUCGAUGGGCAACUUCGAAGCAGAGAUCUACAUGGACAAGAUGCCGUUGACUUCAGGAAACUUCAUUUCCCUCGUGAAGGACAAGUUCUACGAUGGCUUGCACUUCCAUCGCGUGAUCAAUGAGUUCAUGCUUCAGUUCGGCUGCCCAUUUUCCAAGAACCCCAAGGACCCAAGGAACGGCACUGGCGGUCCUAACCCCAACUCCACUUAUGAGGUGCCGGGCAAGGGAGUAAUGAAGAGAAAUCAGGAGGGGUCGAUCCCCGACGAGCACACGGUCAAGCUCUCCAACGAGCCAUUCACCCUGAGCAUGGCCAACGCCGGCCCCAACAGCGGAGGCUCUCAGUUCUUCAUCAACACCGUCCACAACUCCUAUCUCGACUGGUUUGACAAGAGCACGGAGUCCGCCCAUCCCGUCUUUGGCAAGGUGAUCUCAGGGACAGAUGUCGUUAAGAAGAUCGAGGCUGUCCGUUGCGACCCCAACGACAACCCCCUCCAGCCUGUCAAGAUGAUCGCUGUGAGGAUGAAGUGAACCCGCAAGGACGACAUGUGAGGAUGGAAGGAGCGGCUAGCAGCUGGAUGUACUGUUCCUACCUCACUUCUCUUCAGCCUCUCUCUGUGUGCAUGCCACGGGCUUGGAGAGGUGUGUCUUCAAAUUUUCAAACCAACAGAAUACAAGACGAUAGCUCUGA